UCCCGCUCUUCUCCGUUUCAUUUUACAGCUCAACAAUGGCGGCCACCGCCGGACAAUCCCCGGUGAGCUCUUCGUUUGUCCAAAAACUAAACCCUAGAACCUCGUAUUGCUAUCAAGCUUCAUAUUCCACCAUUAAUCUCCCAAGACGGCUGCGUAGGAUCCACAGCCAAGCGUGCAAUAACAUCAGCAGCAGCAGCGAUCAAGUCCCCGAUAGCGUCAAUAAGCAAGCAAAAGCAAUUGAAUUGCAGAAACUGAUUGAUGACGAUUCCAGAGACUCCUCCAUUUCACUUCCAAGGCCUUUAACUUCAGCGAGUCUAUCGAAUUUGGCUACGGAAGGUUCUCGUCUUCGUGUUGCUUAUCAGGGUGUCCGAGGUGCAUACAGUGAGUCAGCAGCAGAGAAGGCGUACCCGAACUGUGAAGCAGUUCCAUGUGAACAAUUUGACACUGCUUUUGAAGCUGUUGAAAGGUGGCUUGUUGAUAGAGCAGUUUUACCUAUUGAGAAUUCUUUAGGAGGGAGUAUUCACAGGAAUUAUGAUCUGUUACUUCGACACCGGUUGCAUAUUGUUGGAGAAGUCAAGCUUGCAAUCAGACAUUGCUUGUUGGCUAACCCUGAUGCUAACCUUGAAGAACUUAAGAGGGUUCUGAGCCAUCCACAGGCUCUUGCACAAUGUGAGAACACAUUAACAAAGUUGGGCCUUGUUCGAGAAGCUGUUGAUGAUACUGCUGGUGCAGCAAAGUUUAUUGCUUUCCACAAACUCAAAGAUGCAGGGGCAGUUGCUAGUGAGACCGCUGCUAGGAUCUAUGGCUUGAAUAUUCUUGCCCGGGAUAUACAGGAUGAUUCCGAUAACAUCACUCGAUUCUUAAUGUUAGCUAGGGAGCCUAUCAUUCCUGGCAUUGAUAAACCGUUUAAGACAAGUAUAGUCUUCUCACUUGAGGAAGGCCCUGGGGAGCUUUUCAAGGCCCUUGCUGUUUUUGCUAUGAGGAAUAUCAACCUUACUAAGAUUGAAAGCCGACCUUUACCAAAGCAGGCAUUGCGAGCAUUUGUUGACAGUGUUAAAAACUUCCCCUACCUUUUUUAUGUUGAUUUUGAAGCAUCCAUGGCUGAUCAAAAUGCCCAAUAUGCUCUUGGUCAUUUAGAGGAGUUUGCUACGUUCUUGAGAGUGCUGGGUAGUUAUCCUGCAGACACUGGCACUCCAUGAGUGACCUUACCGCCUGGUGAUACGACAGACAGGAGUGAUUCUUGAACUUGCGCAUGGAUACAUCUACAAAAUCUGUAUCUGGUGCAGCAGUCCAUGUAGUCAUCCUCCGGAGGUUAAUGCGCUGGAUGCUAAAUUUGGCAAUUCUUUCUCUUCUUGUCAGAAAGAUGAAUUCACCUCAAAUUUCUUUUCUUUUCUUUUCUUUUUUAUUUCUUUAAAAAAUUGGCAAUUCUUUAUUUGUAAUCUCUUUGUUAGACAGGUAUUCACCUUAUAUUGUUUCCUUUCUUGGUAGGCCUAUUUUUCCUCUU